AUGGACGCGAACUUUGACACACUCUCAGUUUCAGAACUAUAUCAAAAAUAUGGGGAGCCCCCUACGGAAACCAUUGAAAGAUCUGACGAAAAGCCUUUCACCCCUGGCGUCCCAACACACGCCACUGAGCCUAUUUGGCUAGGGAAACAGGCCUGCGAGUUCAAGUUAUCCGAGGCCCGUCUCAUAUUGAGUGACUUUGGAGAAGCAUUCUCGCCAUUGAAGAACAAGAAACCGAAACUAGGGAAAGAUUGUAGCGCACCUCGUUACUGCCUGCCCCCUGAGGCAUAUUUUGAGCCCGAAAACCAAUAUCAUUCGCUAUUGAUAUUUGGACCCUUGCGUGUGCCAUAUGGAACAUUUUUUCCGGUCGGAUCAUAUUCUCAAGCUGGUUUGGGAAAUCAGAUGAGAUAA